CCACCUAAAUAAAAAAAAAAAAAUCAUACUCUCCGAAAAGCAAAGCACAAAACACAAGACAUAUGAUUUGCAGAAACAUAAGCAGCUGCUAUGCGCAACGUGAUCGGAACUUCUUCCUUAGCCUCCUCAGCAAGGCUACCUCUCUCUCUCACCUAACCCAGACCCACGCCCAAAUCAUCCUCAACGGCUACCAAGACGACCUCGCCGCCGUCACCAAGCUCACUCACAAGUUCUCCGACCUCAAGGCCAUACGCCACUCACGUGACCUCUUCCUCUCCAUCCCAAAACCAGACCUUUUCCUCUUCAACGUCCUCAUCAGAGGCUUUGCCAGCAAUGCCUCACCUUUAUCUUCGCUUUCUUUGUAUACCCAUUUGAGGAAAAACACUAGUCUCAACCCUGACAAGUUCACUUACGCAUUUGCUAUAUCAGCCGCUUCGGGUUUCAAGGACGAAAAAUAUGGUCUUUUGUUGCACGCGCAUUCGAUUAUUGAUGGGUUAGGAUCAAAUUUAUAUGUUGGAUCCAUUAUUGUUGACUUUUACUUCAAGUUUUCUCGGGUUGAGUUAGCACAGAAGGUGUUUGAUGGAAUGCCGGAAAAGGACACGGUUUUGUGGAAUACGAUGAUAUCUGGGUUGGUGAGGAAUUGUUACUAUGCCGAUUCAAUGCGGAUUUUUAGAGAUAUGGUGGUGGGUGGGACAGCUUUUGAUUCGACGACAUUGGCAACCGAGCUGCCUGCACUGGCCGAGUUGCAGGAGUUGAAAGCAGGGAUGGGGAUUCAUUGUUUGGCUCUGAAGGUUGGCUUUCAUUCAGAUGUUCAUGUGCUUACUGGGUUGGUUUCGUUGUAUUCAAAGUGCAGGGAGCUAGAGACGGCAAGGUUGUUAUUUGGGCAUAUUACUCAGCCGGAUUUGAUAUGUUAUAAUGCCAUGAUUGCUGGAUAUACUUGCAACAAUGAGACCGUAUCAUCAGUUACUCUUUUCAGGGAAUUGCUUGCUUCUGGGGAGAAAGUCAACUCAAGCACAAUUGUGGGGUUGAUUCCUGUGUCUUCUCCUUUUGGUCAUCUGCAACUCACUGGCUCUCUUCAAACUUUCUGUGUGAAAUCUGGGAUUGUUUCGCAUCCUUCAGUCUCUACUGCCUUUGUGACCGUUUAUUGUAGACUGAAUGAAAUUGAAUUAGCACGGCAGCUUUUUGAUGAGUCUCCAGAUAAAACUUUGGCAUCUUGGAAUGCCAUGAUCGCAGGUUAUACCCAAAAUGGGCUGACAGAGGCUGCAAUAUCUCUUUUCCGAGAAAUGAUGUCUGAAUUCAGUCCAAACCCUGUUACAGUUACAAGUAUUCUUUCUGCCUGUGCUCAGCUUGGAGCUAUAAGUCUUGGGAAAUGGGUCCAUGGUUUGAUUAAGAGCAAAAAUCUAGAGUCUAACAUCUAUGUAUUGACUGCUCUAGUUGACAUGUAUGCGAAGUGUGGGAGCAUUGUGGAAGCUCGGAAAUUAUUUGACUUGAUGACAGAGAAAAAUGUGGUUACUUGGAAUGCCAUGAUAUCUGCUUAUGGUCUCCAUGGUGAUGGGCAUGAAGCACUGAAGCUCUUUACUGAAAUGUUGCAUUCUGGGAUUCAACCAAGUGGGGUUACUUUUCUUUCUGUUCUGUAUGCUUGCAGCCAUGCUGGCUUGGUGAGAGAAGGUGAAGAAAUUUUUCAUUAUAUGGUUCAUAACCAUGGCUUUGAGCCCUUAGCUGAGCAUUAUGCCUGCAUGGUUGACAUCCUUGGCAGAGCUGGAAAGUUAGAGAAGGCCUUGGAGUUUAUAAAAGAAAUGCCGGUUGAGCCAGGUCCUGCUGUUUGGGGUGCCUUGCUUGGUGCUUGCAUGAUUCACAAAGAAACAGAACUGGCUCGUGUGGCUUCUGAAAGGCUAUUUGAAUUGGAUCCGGAAAAUACAGGAUAUUAUGUCUUGCUCUCUAAUAUAUACUCAGCUGACAGGAACUUUCCAAAGGCUGCUUCAGUACGACAGGUAGUCAAGAAUAGAAAUUUGGCAAAAACUCCUGGAUGCACUCUUGUUGAGAUUUGUGAGACCCCACAUGUGUUUACGUGUGGUGAUCAAUCUCAUCCUCGAGCAACAGAAAUCUAUAGGAUGCUAGACAAAUUAACAGGAAAAAUGAUGGAGGCUGGAUUUCAAACUGAAACUGUCACUGUUUUGCAUGAUGUGGAGGAGGAAGAGAAGGAAUUAAUGGUGAAGGUUCAUAGUGAGAAGUUGGCCAUUGCUUUUGCCCUCAUCGAAACUGCACCUGGGACAGAAAUUAGAAUCUUUAAGAAUCUCCGGGUUUGUUUAGAUUGCCAUAAUGCAACUAAAUUUAUAUCCAAGAUCACGGAAAGAGUUAUUAUAGUUAGGGAUGCUAAUAGAUUCCAUCAUUUCAAAGACGGUGUGUGUUCUUGUGGUGACUAUUGGUGACACCACAGUUUUCUACACUGGUAUGCAAGCACCUAGUUCUGCAGUUUUGUACUGUUUACGUGGAAACUAAAAGGUGGACGCCCGUUUGAUACUAUGGGAUGGCAUUCCAUAACAACAUUAAUGUUAUGUUUCCCAACUGCCUUGCAGGAAAUACAGGAAACACUACUGUUUCAACACUCUUCUCCUAAUAUACACCCGGCAAGCUCCUGUAGCAAGUCCUUUUUGCAACUGUAUUCUGAUUCAUCUGGCUAUCCAAUUCAAUACAAGUCUCAAUGAUUUUCAAGAUAUUACGUUAUUGAUAAGCUGGAUGUGAAGUUUCUGCAACAUAAGUACACAAUACAAUAUAUAUAUAUAUAUAUAUAUCUGCAGUUUUAAAUGUAUAAUAAACUGAGAAUCAAUUCAGAUCCCUUGUCAGUUAGCACAAAGUAUCACACCAACACUUUCCAAUUCACUUACAAAACUGGGUACAUUGCACUUAAGCUACACAAAAAUUUGUAG